UGUAAAACGACGACGCGUUUAAUGAGAAACUUGUGCCACUGAACAAAUAGCCAAACAGCAAGUUUUCCAGUGUAGAAAUUUGUGCGGCCUCGUGUGAUAGAGAGAGAUCCACAAAACGAGAUUAGCAGAGAACAAGAAGAAGAAGAAGAAGAAGAAGAAGAAGAAGCGUAAAAUAGCAGAGAAAGCUCAAUCGACUGAAGAUGGUGGCAUCGUAACCACACCCAUUCACCUUCUCUUCUUCUCCAGUUCCCACACUAACCCUUCUUCAACGCUCCCUUCUCUGCAAAAACAUCAUGCGCUCCAAGGACAGAAUCGCCUACUUCUACGACGGCGAUGUGGGAAGUGUUUACUACGGGCCAAAUCAUCCGAUGAAGCCGCAUCGGCUUUGCAUGACUCAUCAUCUCGUUCUCUCAUACGACCUUCAUAAGAAGAUGGAAAUUUAUCGCCCACAUAAGGCUUAUCCUGUCGAACUUGCCCAAUUCCAUUCAGCUGAUUAUGUUGAGUUUUUGCACAGGAUUACGCCUGACACUCAGCACCUGUUCACAAAUGAGCUGGCAAAAUAUAAUCUUGGAGAAGACUGCCCUGUAUUUGACAACUUAUUUGAAUUUUGUCAGAUUUAUGCUGGUGGAACUAUAGAUGCUGCACGUCGUUUAAACAAUCAACUGUGUGAUAUUGCUAUAAACUGGGCUGGUGGACUACAUCAUGCCAAGAAAUGUGAGGCAUCUGGCUUUUGUUACAUCAAUGACCUGGUUUUAGGAAUCUUGGAGCUUCUUAAAUAUCAUGCUCGGGUUUUGUAUAUUGAUAUAGACGUGCACCAUGGUGAUGGUGUGGAAGAAGCCUUCUACUUCACUGACAGGGUGAUGACUGUCAGUUUUCACAAGUAUGGAGAUAUGUUCUUUCCGGGUACUGGUGAUGCCAAGGAAAUAGGAGAAAGAGAAGGGAAGUAUUACGCCAUAAAUGUCCCACUCAAGGAUGGAAUAGAGGACCCUAGCUUCACUCGACUUUUCAAGACUAUUAUUUCCAAAGUAGUUGAAACAUAUCAACCUGGUGUGAUAGUUCUCCAAUGUGGAGCUGAUUCUCUUGCUGGAGAUCGCUUGGGCUGCUUCAAUCUCUCUAUUGAUGGUCAUGCUGAAUGUGUUAGAUUUGUAAAGAGAUUCAACUUGCCCUUACUGGUAGUUGGAGGUGGGGGAUACACCAAAGAAAAUGUUGCUCGAUGUUGGACACUUGAAACUGGAGUUCUUCUAGAUACAGAGCUUCCAAAUGAGAUCCCGGACAAUGAUUAUAUUAAAUAUUUUGGGCCGGACUUCUCGUUGAAGAUACCACAUGGGCACAUAGAGAAUUUAAAUAGCAAAUCAUAUCUUAGCACUAUUAAAAUGCAAGUCUUGGAAAAUCUUCGGUGCAUCCAACAUGCUCCAAGUGUACAACUGCAAGAGGUCCCACCUGAUUUCUACAUUCCUGAUUUCGAUGAAGAUGAGCAGAACCCUGAUGAGCGCAUUGAUCAGCACACUCAAGACAAGCACAUCCAGCGCGAUGAUGAAUAUUAUGAAGGUGACAAUGACAAUGAUCAAAUGGAUGCGCCAUGAAGUUCUAAGUUGCUUUUGCUGGGGAAGUGACCGUUUCUAGAGAAUGAAAAUGUAAAUUUGAUAGAAGUUCCUAGUUGUAUCUUUGUUAGGGCUAACCCAUGACUAUUGUACAUUUGUUAGAUUUUCUUAUCAUUAUUUCUUUGUAUAAUUGCUGAAACUACAUUAACAUUGUCUGUUUUGUUUGAA